AUGACACCUCCGGAGUCUUUCACGGUAGCCCCUAGCGCCAUGGUAGUGGGCAUCCUCACGACAAGAUGGGGCCAUUACAGGUGGGCUAUGUGGCUCGGAUGGCUCCUCUCAAUGCUCAGUGUCGGCCUCAUCUCCUACAUCAAAGUCGAUACGAGCAUUCCUGCCUGUAUAUUCUUAAAUAUUGUUCCUGGGAUCGGCCUGGGUCUGCUUUCCCCCUUGUUAGGAUUCGCAAUCCAAGCCUCAGCCACGAGCAACACUCUCCCCAUCGCCGCGGGAAUGUUCAGUUUUCUCCGAGCCAUGGGACAAGCUAUUGGUGUAGCUAUCGGUGGCGUCGUGUUCCAGGACCGCAUGUAUCACAAUCUGCUAAAGUACCCCUCUCUCACGCCCAUAGCUAGUGAAUACAGUCAGGAUGCGGCGGGCUUGGUCCAGGCGAUCAAAUAG